GCGGUCAGAACGCGCCUGCCUUACCCUUCACCGCCCCAUCGCACCCGCCGCGCACACGCGCAAACACCUGACGACUGCGCGACCCACUGCUGAGGCAGCUGCCUUCCAGAAUGUCUCGAUUUCGGAACCGAGACAGGUCCAACAGACCUGGUCGCGGUCAGAUUGAGCAUAAUGUACUCGAAGGGCUUCCUAUCAACCAAUACAGGGAGAUUGAAGUGACUAUUGGUCCAAACACAACCGACAAUAAACCUGUGGAUGUCAACGCAUGGCCUGAAUUACCCAUGCCACGAGAUUCUCAUAUGCUGCCAGAGCAUUCACAGCAGCUACUUCGUGCUGCGCGCUCUGGACGUACGAUCAAGCCACAGGCCCCGCCUGAGGAUGAUGACAAUGAAAUGAAAGACGAAGAGCCAGAACACAAAGAAGUAUCAGCCGGGUUUAUCGUCAAGAAGUAUGCCAAGGUUGCGCGACAUAAUGAAGCGCCAGAGCCCGAAUAUCUUGCAAAGAGACGGAAAGGUCUGCCUUCACAGUAUAUCAGCGGUCAGGUGCAUGCCCCGCUUAGGGAAACUAAAGUCAAGAAACUCGACGCUGAAGGCAAUGUUGCGAUUUACAAAGUCCUAGCACCAGAAGGGCAGGCUGUUGAAGGCGAGGUCGCGCCUACAGACGCAGCAAUUGAGGUUGUGCCUGUAAUUGCAGCGCCUGGCACAGUCGUUGAAGGAGUUGGCGUCGUAAAUGCAGAAGGCAUAGUGGUAUCAAACGACGUUCUUCAACAGACACCACCGCGGAGAAGGCCGCCACCUCCCAAGAAGAAGAAGACGAAGCACAUUCCUCGACCAGGUCCAGGGAGAGGUAGGAAAAGGGUUGAUUUUGUUGAAGGUGCAGAGGGGCAGGGAACUCCAGCACCCGCCAUCAGUGGUGACGUGCCUAUGAUUCGCGAUUUGAAGUCGAGAGAGGGGAAUUCUGUGGAGCCGUCUGACCGUGACACACCAAUGGGCGAGGCUGGAGAGGAAGACGAGUCUGGUGAGGAGGGUUCGGAAGAUGAUGAGCAAGAUCAAGAGGAUGGAACUCCCGCAACGCCUUCGAAAGCGCUACCAAUCAGCGCUCCAGUAGUGGAGAUGACAGAUGCACCUGACGUUGCUACACCGGAGAUUGUUCUACCUGCGAUCGCUACGCCUGAGGUCGCUGCACCUGAGGUCAUCGCGCCUACAGAAUCAGCACCCGUCGUAGAAACAUCAACAGAUGUCCCGUCUAAGAGUCCACAGCCCCUACCAGAGGCAGAUCCAGAGACAGAGCAACCCGUACCAGCAUCCGUAACCGAGCCUGUAGUGUCGACUGCCAUUCGAGAACGAUCCAGCUCACCAGGCCUUCCGCUAUCUACGGCCAACCACAGCAGGCAAAACUCGACAAGUGAGCUGGCCACCUCAGCAACGACGAUGGAGCCAAUUAUACCAGAGUUAGCGGCUUCAGAGCCUGUCCCAGCUCCUGUCCCUUCUACAGAGACAGAAUCUGUACAUGCGAGCGUAGAUGUACCCACCGGUGAACCUGCGGAAGCGUCUGUAUCUGUGCCCGAGCAAGAAACUUCAGAGAUACCAUCUCAGAAAGAGCCCUCUGCCCCGCCAUCGGAGAACACUCCAGAUCUGCUCGGCAGCUUGGAAGCAGAGCUGAAUAAAGAAUGAAGUUUGGCCAAAGUG